AUGCGGGGUUUAGGUUUUGAAAAUUCUUAUUGUUUCUUUGUUGAUGCAAUUGAGGCAUCUGGUGGUUUAGUUGUCGCUUGGUCCCCCGAAGUUUGUGCUUCGGUGUUUUUCCAUUCUGAUUAUUGUAUUUGCAUCCAAAUUAAUGAAAACGAGUUCUCCUAUAUUGUGGUUUGUGUUUACAUCAGUUGCAAUGUUUCUAGGAGAGCUACUCAACUUGCCCAGUUGCAAGAGGUUUGUGAUGGCUUCCAUCUCCCAUUUGUUGUCUUGGGGGACUUUAAUUCUACCCUUUGUGCGGGGGAAAAGGAUGGUGGCCUUUCUUGGAGUGCUAGCCAAGCUGUUGGUCUUCGUGACUUUAUUCAAAACCUUGGGCUCCAUGAUCCAGGUUACCAGGGGGACCAAUUUACUUGGUCAAAUAGACGGAUGGGUAGUGCCUGUAUUCGGGAACGCUUGGACCGUGCCCUAUGCUCUCAAAGUUGGAUUGAGCGGUUCCCUGACACGCUGGUUAAACACUUCACGGAUCAGGGAUCGGACCACCGGGCCAUUCUGGUUGCUGACAAGGUCUAUGUGCGAAACACUCGCCCCCUCUUCCGUUUUGAUGCCCGGUGGGCAGAUAACCCGGAAGUGAGAGCCAUGGUGACUUAUACUUGGCAGGAGGAAAUUCAGGGGACCCCGAUGUUUCGUCUUUGGGAACGCCUCAAAAAACUCCGACAUCUACUUUAUGACUGGAGUAGAGCAGGGACUACCAAUUCCCUUCGGAAUAUCAGGGCCCUCCAGGCAGAAAUUGAACAAAUUAGGACCCUUAGUCCUAUUGAUUGGGACAGGAUACGUGAGCUGGAGAUUGAGUUGAAUCGCCAAUGGGAGGCCGAGGAGAUCUAUUGGCAACAAAAAUCUAGAGUCCGUUGGUUAAAGAAGGGCGAUCAAAACUCGGCCUAUUUCCACACGGUUACCCGGACUCGUAGGAAAAGGAAUUUCGUGGAGGGCCUGUUUAAUGACAAUGGUGUCUGGGUCACUGAGGAACCUGGGAAAGCAGAUAUUGCAAUUAAUUUUUACCAGGGGCUCUUCACAUCUGAAUCUCAAAUCCCUAAUAUGGCUGAAAGGGUGACAGCCCUGCCUAUUCCAACCAGUGUCACCCCAGCUAUGAAUGCUGAUUUGGUUGCUGAAGUCCAACCCCAUGAAGUUCGGAGUACGGUUUUUUCAAUGGGUUCAAACAAGCUCUGGGUUCGGACGGGUUCACAGGGAAGUUCUUUAAGGCAUUCUGGGACAUCGUGGGUGAUUCGGUGA